AUGCAAAGCAUGCUUUCGAAUCGAUACAAUAGUAAGCGGAGCACUUUUUAUGAACGUUACGAAGCUGCUAGGAAGCGUCAUCCGAGUCUGCCCGAGUACGAGCGUCCGGUGGAGCCAACCACGUCGAAGCUUUCGAACUUCUCCGUUCACCGCCGCCACCGGUACCGUCAACUGAUCCAUCAGUCGCGCGAGCAGCUGGAGAACGACUCCUGGCUGUCCAGUAAUCGACUGCCCAUUGUGGUGCGCCACAACAUCGAGCUGCGGAACAACAAACUUUUGAUGUCCAGGUACAACGCGGAAACGGCUACCCAUGAGUUUAGCCACAAUGGCAAGCCGCGACGUGGUCGUCCUCCAACCGCCGCCACUGCGGCUAAACUAGCAUCUGAAUUCGCGAUUCAAGUCGGUGGCAUUUCCCAAAACCUGACCGACGAAGAUGAAAGCCAGUCCGAGUCGGACGUGGAGUCGAUGGACAAGGUAGCGGACAAGAUGCCGGACAAGAUAGCGGACAAGAUGGCGGACAAGGUGGCGGACAAGAAGACGGGCAAGGUGGAGGACAAGAAGGCGGAGGACUCCGAGGUCCCGGACCCCAUUAACAUCACAGUCGAGAGGGUCGAUCAAAAUCAAGGGGGGCCGCAGCCAAGUUCGAUGAGCAAUGCCAAUCAGGCUUUUACCCCAAACUGGGACUUUUCUUCAACUUUGAGCGCCUUUCCCAUCUCUCUUCAGAGCUUUGGCUUUAACUGGGCCGAACACUUCAAUGCAAUAUCAAGCCAAUACUACAAUCAUAUCGUGAACUCCGUCCCGUUUCCGGGCCAGGUACAGCCGUUCAAUCCAACACCAUUUGGCAGGCGUAUAUUCGGUGUUAACCCAUCGAUGGUGGGUGGUCACCCACCAUUUCGCGUCUAUUCGUGCCCCAUGGAGAACUGCAAGGAAAACUUUGAUUCGCGCCGCGCCAUGUACAAGCAUCAGCGCGAGACUGGCCACCACACCUGGUCACACAAUUGCGGCAAGUGUGGCCAGGUCUUCCGCACAGAAGGCUUCAAGCGCAUGCACUCCUCUAAUGCCUGUGAGCGCAAUCUGAGCAAGUUCAAAAUCGCUAAGCCGAAUGAACCUAAGCCAAGAACAAAGCCAGAAUAAAUCUGUCCCACCUAUCGCUCUUACUCUGCCG